AUGACAAAUAAAAAGGGAUUAUUCACUCUACUUAAAAGGGUUUUUAUUUCAGAACCUAACUCAGAAAAGAAAGAGAAGAGAAGAAGAUGGACAUUUUGGAAGCUUAAAGUAAGAAAAAGAUUACCUUCCAUUACUGCACCACCUCCUGAGAACGGGACAAGAAACGAAUCUCAUGAGGAACAGAAGGAGGAAAGCGUCUCAGAUGUUGGUGAAGUCAGCCAAGUAUCUUCUAGUCAAAAGUUUGAUUCUAUAGAGAAGUUAGAAGGUUCAACAUCACCAGAAACUGCUCAUCUGGUAGCUCAGUAUCAACUGUUCCUAAAUAGAGAGGAAGAAGUUCUUGCUGCUACUCGGAUUCAGACAGCUUUUCGUGGUCAUCUUGCAAGGAAAGCUCUACGUGCGUUGAAGGGAAUAGUGAAGCUGCAAGCAUAUAUAAGAGGUCGUGCAGUGAGACGCCAAGCAAUGACUACACUAAAAUGCUUACAAUCCGUUGUGAACAUUCAGUCACAGGUCUACGGUAAGAGAUCACAGAUUCCUCCCAGAGCGUCUCACAGAGAUAACGAAGAGAGCAAUACAUUCCACAUGUUCACCGAGAACACACUCAAGGUGGACACAAAUGGUCAGAAGAGAUGGGACGAUAGUCUAUUAACAAAGGAAGAGGCAAGAGCUGUGGUAAUGAGUAAGAGAGAAGCUGCGUUAAGAAGAGAAAGGAUCAAAGAAUAUGCAGUCACUCACCGGAAAUCAGCUGAGUCAUAUCAGAAACGGAGUAACACGAAGUGGAAGUACUGGUUAGAUGAAUGGGUAGAUACUCAACGAACCAAGAGCAAGGAGCUAGAAGAUCUUGACUUGUCUUCAAGACUAAAACUUAAAGAAGAUACUCUGAAUAAAACUCCAAGAAACUCUUCACCAAGAAGAUUGAGUAAUAAUCAUAGAAGACAAGCUUCAAUAAGUGAAGAGGAACCACAAAACUCUGUGGCUGCUGUCACUGUGACUACACCAACUUACAUGGUUGCAACAGAGUCAGCUAAGGCAAAGUCAAGAUCAUUGAGCUCACCAAGGAUAAGACCGAGAAGUUUCGAUACACAGUCAGAGAGUUACUCACCGUAUAAGAAUAAGCUAUGCUUGACUAGUUCGGUGAUGAGUGAAGCACCAAGCAAAGUGAGAGUUGGGAAUAGCAAUAACAGUAGGGCAAGUGCGUACCAGCAACGUUCUCCAGGGUUAAGGGGGUUUAACAUAGGCCCUUUGAAAUCAUGCAAUAAUGGUACUCUACUGAACGAUCUCAGCAUAAACUCGGAACGAUCUCUACCUAGCUGGAGCAAGCAGAGCAGCAUGAGAUGA